AUGAAAGCUACUUCCACAAUUUCAUUAUCAGCAGCUGCUUUAUUAUUAUCAGCAACCUCAGGAGUCCAAGCUGCCGACCAAGCCGAAGUAAACUUCUUAACUGCAUUAGUUGACGAUUAUCAAGCUCAUAAAACUGAAUAUAUCAAAUUUCUUGCCACCGCAACCAGUAUUCCAUUAGAAUUAGCGACAAUUGCAACUCAAGUCUUAACAUAUACUGAUCAUUCAUAUACAACUCUUUUAGAUAAUCCCGAUUUGGAUUUUGGAAAAGUAGAAAGUUUUGCUUCAGAAUUACCGUGGUAUACUAGACUUGAACUUGAAGCCGACGGUUCAGCUUCUGCAACACCAACAUCUAGAUCCACUUCUGAUUCAACUACAAGUCAUGGAGAUGUGGCCAGUGCCAGUGCUGACGAAUCUUCUACUGAAGGAGGACAAUCUGAAACUGAAUCAAAUGGUCAUAGUACCACUCAAACUGGUAAUACUUUGACUACUAGUAGAAGUCAAACUACUGCUACUACUGGAAGUCAAACUAAUACUAGAACUACAACUCACGAAACUUCUACUACUACAGGUGGUGCUAAUGGAUUACUUGCUCCUUUUGGUGCUGCUGUUGGUCUUGCUAUUGCUUUACUUUAG